AUGGUACUACUCACUAAGGCACUUUUAAACUACAGAAUAACGCUGGCAUCACGUUCAUUCGAUAAACGAAAGCAAAAGCAUCAACAAGACGAGCAAAAGAAGGUGAAUGAGGAAGAAGAAAUAUUAGUAAAGACUGAAGUAAUAGCACGAUCAAUACCAGGUCCAUUACAAACAGUGCUGGAAAAUUUGCCUUUGGUAUAUAAUGCGGAUGAUAAGAGUUUACAACAAGCAACCACUAAUGCAGAAAGUAACGAGAGAGAGGAAAAGGUAUCAUUCAAACGAGGCCAUCGUCGCCGUUCCUCUUAUGAAUCGGCACAGAUUCAAUUGACGCACCACCCUCGUCAUCCAAAUUUUCAUCGCAAUAUUCAUUGGAUAAAUAACAAAUCCUUGACUACUCCGGGUUCUUUUAUGAAAUUGCAAUCACAGUCGUUAUCAAAAAUGGAGAAAUCGCCGUCAUCAUCUUUCGAAUGCAGCCAUUUCUCACGCUCAAUUUCUUUCAAAGAUGAUUAUGAUGUAGAAAGAGUUUGUAAUCAACGUUCUGAUGAUUCGCCGCCAUUUGUCAGUACGACUGCUACUACUAAUGGUGCUAUGACAAUUACAACUCCAACUUCUACAACAGUUGGGACAGUUCAUGAUUCUGCAAUCGGUGAGUCAUUGAGUUCAAAACGGAGUUCGUUAGAUUGUCGUAGUGAAUUAUCGGCUGGGGUCAUCCGCGACGGUGAUGUUGAUAGCGUUGAUGAUGAAGAUAGAGACAGUGAUGACGGCAUUGGUUUGGAUAAUAUGGACACCACGGUUGAUGAUAAGAUGCGGAAGCGAAAUAAAAAGGGAGGACGGAAUGCCUUGGUACUGUUAUCCAGUACUUUUGCAAGAAAAUUAUUUUCUCGCAAUAAACAACAAGAUUAUCAGCAUACAAGUUCUUGGCGAAUAUUUGGAAAUAAGCAGUGGAAAAAUAGUAGUAGAGGAAUAAAUGCUUCCACAGCAACUGAUGCGUCGUGUAGUUCAGCAACUGAUGACAUAUGCUGCUCUACCACUGGUUUGAUUUUGGAAGACAGGCCAAGUACUCUACCAGCGAAAUCACUAGCAGAACAACGACGUCAUGAAGCGCAAUAUUUGGCACUUAUCGAAGCAACCAAACGUCAGGAGGCUAAACGUGCGCGUCAACGACAACAAUUAUUAGAAAUGAAGCGAAAAGAGGAGGACAAAACAGCUGCAGCAGCUGAAAUAUGGUGCAGCCGAAUAUUGCCUAACUGGGAAAAUAUGAAAGAUGGCAAAUAUUGUCGUGACUUAUGGUGGCGUGGUAUACCAUCAAAAGUACGUGGUCAUGUUUGGUCUUUGGCUAUUGGUAAUGAAUUAAAUUUAACACCAGAGUUGUACGAUAUCUGUGUUGCUCGAGCAAAGCAACAUACCUUUGCUAAAACUAUGACAGGACAAUGCGAUAUUAGUAGUUCUUCAGUUACUGGCUUUGUGGAUGACGAUCAGCGAUUCAUUCUAUCUAUUUUAUCAAAAGCAGACAGUGAUAGAGAGAGGCCAAUAGGAUAUGAAAGUACUCUUGAGCUGAUUCAUCUUGAUAUUUCUCGAACCUUCCCACAUUUGGGUUUUUUCCAGAAGGGUGGACCAUAUGAAGAGUUGCUUUCGGAUUUGUUAGGUGCUUAUGUGUGCUAUCGUCCGGAUAUUGGUUAUGUACAGUCGAUGUGCUUUCUUGGUGCUAUGAUUCUCCUCCAAAUACACCAACCGUAUCAGUCAUUUCAGGCAUUUGCCAACUUACUUAAUCGACCACUGAUGCUAGCAUUUUUUGGAUUGCGGCAACCUCAAAUGACUGUCUAUUUUAUUGCGUAUGACCAAUACUUUGAGCAGGAAUUACCUAAAUUGCAUCAUCACUUUGAUAUGCUGGAUGUUCGUCCUGAUAUGUAUCUGAUUGAAUGGGUAUAUACGCUUUAUGCAAAAUCAUUACCAUUUGAUGUGUGCUGUCGAAUUUGGGAUGUGUUUUUGCGGGAUGGUGAACAGUUUAUCUUUAAUACAGCUCUCGGAAUUAUGCAUUUAUAUGAGUGUGAGCUGGAAAGUAUGAACGAUUUUGAUGCUGUAGUCCAUUUCCUUACCCAUUUGCCGGAAUCGAUGAAUGUCAAUCAGUUAUUCGAUGCCAUUGAAUCUUUCAUAAAAUCUUCCUCUUCCGGUACAACUUCAGAGCAUGGAAACGGAAAAAAGCGUACUUUUCAGCAGAUCCAUUCGGAUGUCAGUGAACGCAUAGCCCAAGCAGCUGCAAUGACCGAUGGUAACAGGAAGUCCGGUUUAUUUUCAUCUCCGACAAAUAGAUUAUACCGAAACGGAGGGCCUUCUUUCCGAGAUUGUGAUGGCGAAUCAUGCAAAUCUGUCACGACAAAUGACAUAUCGAAAAGUUCAUAUGAUGUUGGUGAACAGCAAGCAGAAGCACUUCGUUUAAAUGUAUGCAAUAUGCAAAUGAGCAGAAGUUUGAGUAAAUUUGUAGAUGAUUUGCUACGAGGCGUAUGCACAAAGGAAGGCGAUGUACAUGCUGAUGUUUUGCCGAAGAGUGGAACACCUACUGCUGUUUAA